AUUCAACCCUCCCGACUUCUUCAUCUUCUUUCUGCAAAAGCGUGUCGCAGGCUGUCCUGUCCGCUUAACCUCUUCAUUAUCUUGAUGGCAUACCGAAAGCAUAAAGAUCCUCAAAGGGCAGUUCGGUCCACUACUCCACCUGUCGAUACAAUCUAUCCUAGUCCUCCUCCUUCACCAUGCUCGCCCAGGAAAACAGAUCUCUCUGUUACGGAGGAAGCAGAGAUCACCACCCCCGAGGCGCCACCGAGCAGGAGAGGAUCCGAAAUUCGGGCACGCACUCCUGGUUCUCCCCCUCAAAGCGGACGAGACACGGGUUCCGAAGUGGACGAGCCACCCCAAUGGUCCACCCCCGCGAGCGUGAAGGCUUCCAGGAAAGUAGGUCCUCCUGUUACGGAGGAAGUAGAGACCACCACCCCCGAGGCGCCACCGGGAAGGAGAGGAUCCGAAGUUAGGGCACGCACCCCUGGUUCUCCCCCUCGAAGCGAACGAGACACGGGUUCCGAAGUGGAUGAGGCACCCCAAUGGCCCACCCCCGCGAGCGUGGAGGCUUUCCUCCUGUUCUUUCGCCAACAGCGUCAACAGGGUAGAUGUGGAGGCUUAACUGUCAAGAACAAACCUUGUCAGCGAUUUCAAAGGCAAGCCAAGCAAUCGGAGAUCGACGCGGCGAUAUCUUUGUUGAGGCGGCUGCCACGGUCCAUGCCGUGUCACACACUGGCCGACACGUUAAGAAAGCUCGUGCUACUUACCCAUUGUGAUAAACAUGACGGCGAAAAGACGGUCAGUGCUCGAGUGAAUACCUGGCUCAACGAGUAUUUCCCCCGCCCCAAUGAUGCGGCUAUGCUUAUCCAAAAAGCACUGCCCGACCUCAGUACUACGUGCCUGGGCAGCAAAGACUGCUCCUGUGAACAAUCUUUAGGUGGCAGAGCUGUCCAGACAAUCGAGCAGAUCCUGAGCAAAAUCAAAGACCCCGUGGUCUACUUGAACGACAAACGGCUAACAAUCUGGCUGACGAGGCUUGGCCAACACGUUUUCUGUGCCCUGCAUCGGGAAACCCUGUCUCCGCUGCUGUUGGAGAGAUGCCUCGCGGAAAUUGCAGUCGCCCGGCACUGUCGGGUCCAGAAGACAAGGAUCGACCACGUUCCAGAGGAUCAAGAUGAAGCAGAAGAAUUCUGGCAAGCCCCAGGAUAUGAUACCUCGCCGUUUCAUCUCCUUGCGACCGGCCGUCCGAGUAUUGACGACGGCUGGAUGCCAGCCAAAGCCCAUCUAAAAUCCCCCGGAUCGCGGAACACCCGGCCAGGCUAUAUUUACGCCUAUACUGUGGCUGGAAAUGAGCGAUAUGUUAAAAUUGGCUAUACCUGCAACACAAUCUCGCAAAGACAUGAAGAGUGGACGUUUAGUUGCAACAGGGAGGUUAUAAGUCUCUAUCCGGCUGCCUCCGCUGUGGCCAGGCGAGUUGAGUCUCCGCAGCUGGUUGAGAGCCUAUGCCAUGCAGAGCUUCGGGCUCACAGGAUUAGAAUCUACUGUGGAGCCUGUCAAAAGCAGCACGUGGAAUGGUUCGAUGUCACCUCGGAUAGGGCAACCAUAGUCAUCGAGAAGUGGUCCCAAUGGAUGGCUAGGGUGGCCGACCAACGGCCCAACUGGAGUAUUGCGGUCAAGGCAAUAGUGCGAGGGAACGCAGAUCUUGAGGCAGCGUUGCACGAGUUGACGCAACUCUAAUUAGCUUAUAUCUGUUAUCUCGGAAUUUCACUGAACUUUGUGUCGCUGCCAGAGGGCCUCGGUAGAAAGUAUGAUAAGAAGUGAAAAGGUCGCCAGUUAGAGUGCUAAUAUACGUCUU